AUGUCUGUUCGGGGCUCUAGCGUAGGGGAUCUUGCGCAAAUAGAUCAGAUGAUUCUACGCCUUCUCGAAGCACGCAACUCGAAAGCUCUUAAGCUUGUGGAGCCGGAUAUACGCGCGAUAUGCCUGAAGUCUCGGGAGAUUUUCCUGGACCAACCCAUGCUGCUUCAACUCGAAACGCCAGUGAAGAUUUGUGGCGAUAUCCAUGGCCAGUUCUCGGACUUGCUGCGACUUUUUGAUCACGGCGGCUAUCCCCCCGCAUCGAAUUACCUUUUUCUGGGCGACUACGUUGACCGUGGCAAGCAAUCCAUAGAAACGAUAACACUGCUGCUGGCUUACAAAAUCAAGUUCCCCCACAACUUUUUUCUGCUGCGUGGAAAUCAUGAGUCUGCAAGCAUCAAUCGCAUCUACGGAUUCUACGACGAGUGCAAGAGAAGGUAUUCCAUCAAGCUGUGGCGCACCUUCGUCGACUGCUACAACUGCAUGCCGGUGGCUGCAACUGUGGGCAAAAGGAUCUUCUGCUGCCACGGAGGUCUUAGUCCCGACCUGCACAACAUGACGCAGAUCUUGAAUUUGCCUCGGCCCUGCGAUGUGCCCGACAAGGGUCUGCUGUGCGAUCUACUCUGGGCUGACCCCGAUUCCAAGAUCAUGGGUUGGAGUGACAACGAUCGCGGGGUGAGUGUCACCUUUGGUGCGGAUGUUGUUGGAAAAUUUGUGCAUCGCCACAACUUGGAUUUGGUGUGUCGUGCCCACCAGGUUGUGGAAGACGGCUACGAGUUUUUUGCCAAACGCCAGCUAAUCACCAUCUUCUCAGCCCCAAAUUAUUGCGGCGAGUUCGACAAUGCGGGCGCCAUGAUGACCGUAGAUGAGGCACUGAUGUGCUCCUUUUUUGUGCUCAAGCCAUCGAAGAAGCCCGGUAUGCGCAAGGUUAAGCUUAAGGCUUGA